CAUCAAUGCAUUUGUCAAUGUUUGUUAAUGUACAGUUGCGAGUGAGCUUCGGCUACAACUUUUGGCCUUUUUAAAAACAAAUUAAGGCUUAAUAUAAUGCAAUAAAUUAAUAAAACGUAACAUUUCAAGAUUUUAUAAAAAUCAAAAAACUUUUGCAUUGCUGAACUAAUUAUAAAUCUUGUUUUUUCCGUAGAAAUGUCAGAUCAAGUGCUUGACAAGGAAACAUGGCCGACGGAAGCCGAGGCGGCUAUCAACGACAUCAGGAAACAUGUGAACUUCGCCCAAGUGGCUCCAAAGCUGAAGAGCACGGACCAACGGAUAUACAUCAACAUCACGACCUUGGAAAACUCGCAGUACUGUAUAGAGAUGUCGGCGUCUGGCUUCAGAGUGGUCGGCAGGAAAUACAACGACACGAGCCUUUCCUCCAUAGAAAAUAUGAACUACGAAACGCCAUACGCGUUGUUGAACAGCAUAAGUCAGAAAUACAGGGAGUCGUUCGGAGGAGAGCUUAUGAACAAGCUGCUGGAUCUCGCAAAGAAUUCUGAAGGCUGAGUGUGCUCGUAGUUGCUCUGCAGUAUAUGUAGUGUUCUUGCUUUACUUUUGUAGAGACUACUUCACGAUCACUGAACUGCAGGCGAAAAUAAUUUUAGCAUUCUGAUUAUCUCGUGAUAUGUAGCAGAGCUUAACGUACCUAUCACAAGUUCGUGACUGAUUUUAUCAAUUAUUUAUAUCGAAUUUCCAAACCAAAACACGUAUUUCCCAGUACGGUUGAAAUUAUUAAUAUUGUAUGUAGUACAAUAACCGAGCUUAUUCCUCUGUGUGUUGGUUGUAUGCUGACUGAGUACAAACUGAUGUUACUUUAUAUGAAUGUACAAUAAAGUACAGCUGUAUUAAAAUAUUAACCUAA